AUGUCAUCGAGCCGCAGCCCCGAAUCACAAGCGACAAACGCGACACCCGCGUAUGCGCCCCAUCCCCAUGCAUCAGACGACGCAGCCGGCGACCGUGGUGGCGGCGGCGACGGCAGCAGCCGUGCUGCAUCCUCGUCGCAUGACCAGCCGGCUGAAUCCAGUCACCGCAAGAGGCGGAGGAGGACCAUUGCCUGCGCUCCAUGCAGGAACCGGAAGGUCAAGUGUGACUUUGGCUAUCCAGCUUGUAAUCGAUGCAUGAAAGGGCCCGGGCCGGAGGCUUGCAUGUAUGAGUCUCCCGUCCAUGCAUUGCAACAUCAGCAGCAACAUCAGCAGCAGCAGCAGCAACAGGAGCAACAACGACAACGACAAUUGUCCCAUCCACCCGCACCAGCACCAGUAUCAGCAGCGGCAUCAGCAUCGUCGGCCUUCUGGCACCCACAGCCAGCAGAAGCAAAUUGGCCCAAUGCGCAUGCACCAGCCGUUGCGGCAUCGGAAGAGCAGCAAUCUGACGAUGUUCGGGUUCGGGAGCUGAGACUAAUCAUACAGAGCCUGAUCCAGCAGCAGUCCAAUUCGCCCUUUAAUAAUAAUGCAGCUCCUCUUUCGACCAAGCCGGGCCAGCACCCGCACCCGCACCCGUACCCGGGUUCGACAGCUGCUGGCCCCGCUGAUGCUUCUGCGCGCGACGAUCUAUCAGUCCAGGCGGAACCGUGGGGACGCGACGCCCCCAAUCGGCACCGCUUUGAUGGGAAUGAGGGUCGGACUCGGUUUUGGGGAUGCAGUAAUGGGUCGAAGUUAUCAUUUGAGCUCGAGGGAUUGAGCAGCUUUAUGAAAGAUCUGAAAGCCACCGCCUCUCUUCGCGCACUUCACCAGGAAAUCAGAAAAGUUGGGUAUAAUAAGCAACAGAAACCCUUGUCUGGAGAACUGGCGACGGACAGUCAUUUCCUGAAGAGCCUUCUCCCCGUUCGACCCGUGGUUGAGAAUUUGGUGAACUGCUACUUCUCUUACGUAGGAAAGAUGCAUCCCAUUCUUCAUAGGCCGUCGUUCCGCGCACAGCUCAAUGAUCUCUGGGCUGAGAAAGUGGACAUUCCGUGCCAUUUCAUUGUCCAGCUCCUCUUGGUAAUGGCGUCCGUGUGGAGCGUAAACACACCGAGCCCCCUUACCGCGUCUGGCACAAAGAUUCUGUCCCAUACCGUCGCGACGGAGUGGAUUCGCUGGUCUGAGGCGUGGCUGUUCCAUGCAAAUAUCAAGCGACCAAAUCUGGUUGUUUUACAGGUGCGGUGUUUGCUGAUAAUGGCUAAGGAGGCUAAUUACACGCAGAAGAAUCAAGCCUGGAGCUCAGCGGGGACGUUGGUGAAGCUGGCCAUGUCUGCGGGAUGCCACCGCGAACCGCCCCCCGAAACUAAGAUUUCGGCAUUCAAUCGGGAAAUGCGCCGAAGGAUAUGGACCACAAUUCUCGAACUGGACCUGCAGGCAUCUUUGGACCGCGGCAUGCCUCCGACAAUGCAGCAAUCGGAUUAUGAUUGUUCCCCACCGCUGAAUAUCGACGACGAAGAUCUAUGCGAAAACAUCACCGUCAGCCCCGAAGAAAAGCCAACCACGACCAUGACAGACUGUUCGUUUCAGGUCGCCCUGAUGCAGUCCAUGGGUUUGAGACUGCGGAUAUGUGCGCUUGUCAAUGCGCCACGUAUUUCUUUGUCUUCAAACGAUCUCUCACUUCUAGAAGAGGAGAUCAAUCGGAGUCUUUCAGAUAUCCCAGAUUGGCAGGACAAUACCACUCCCGAGCCCCCUGAGGCCUCGCACUCUUUUAUGACACAGAAGCAGCAAAAGCUCCUAUGGCGAACGCUCUUGGAGUCGAAUCUGCGACGGUGCCAACUUUCGCUUUACACCUACAGUGUCCUCGGUGGAUUGAAGGGCUCCAUAAAUAGUCAUACGACGCAAGCACGUCUUGAAGUAGCAGUGGUGAUUCUUUGCCAACAGCAGCUGCUCAUUGAUAACAUCGGCAAGCUCGCCUGGUGUGCAUUAGCAGAUGUCACUUUUCAUGCUGCAUUUACGAUCUGUCAUCAUCUGCACGCAUCCGAUUGUGGCUUCACAUCCGCUAUAGUCCGGCAGGUUAUACCCAGCAUUACGGACAUUUUAAUAUCCUUGGUUCAAAAAACACUAUCAUGGCUCGAAGAGAAGUUCCUCGUUCUAGAAAAGGGGAUGCGCGAGUACUACUUCCUCUGCGUGUCAAUUACACUCGUCAAGACCAAGCUGUGGCCUGAAUCAGCAUCGACCUUCCAACAGCAGGCGGCUGACCGGUUGCGUAUAAUGAGUUAUAAUUUAUUUGCGAAAUAUCUUGGAGAGAAUGCCGGUAAUCAUGAGGAAUCAAGGACCCACGAUUCUCAGCAGCCGAGUUUAGUAGUCCCUGGUGCGACACCGCAGAGUAUAUCUUCAGUUUCGCCCGAACACCUGUUUCCGGGUCACUCCGUGUUGGUUGAUGAAAUUAUUGGCUUUGGUGGGUUCGAAGAUUGGGAUUGGUUUAAUUAUUUUGGAGGCACAUUUCCGGGUCCAGGGCGGAUGUGA